GUCUUCUUGUGUGAGCAUCACUCAUCCCUCCUCCUUUGGUUAAAUAGCGAUAAGGCUGACCAGGUGUCACAUCUUUACCUGGGCAUCAGUUCAAAGUAUCAGGAAAUCUACAUGGAUAGCAGUCUCUGCUGCACAGAACUGCAGUGUUGUCAUCCUCAUUCUCUUUUUAAAAACAAAUUUUGACUUCUGACAUUCAAGACAAGACAUCUACAGGCAUGGACCACAGACUGAUCCUCAGUGUCCUGUUGGUGACUCUCUCCUGGAUGUCCAAGAGCACCAAUGCUGAAACUACAACAACAGCAACUGUGGAAAUAACAUCAGAAAACGUCACAGCAUCAUCAGUGGCAGACACCACCUUUACCACUGCAGCGGUCAAUGCUACCACCCCCACUGUGGCUGCUACUCCAGUCAACAAUGCAACCACCACAGCGACUAAUGCAACCUCCCAAACAGCAGCUGCCACAGCACCUACCAACAUCACCACUGCAGCUGUCAAUGCUACCACCGUGACCAUGGCUGUCACAGCACCUACCAACAUGACCACUGCAGCUGACAAUGCUACGACUGUGACCAUGGCUGUCACAGCACCUACCAACACGACCACUGCAGUUGUCAAUGCUACCACCCCCACUGUGGCUGCUACUCCAGUCAACAAUGCAACAACCACAGCGACUAAUGCAACCUCCCAAACAGCAGCUGCCACAGCCGUGACCAGCUUCACCACUGCAGGUGUCAAUGCUACCACCGUGACCAUGUAUGUCACGGCACCUACCAACAUGACCACUGCAGCUGUCAAUGCUACCACCAUGACCAUGGCUGUCACGGCACCUACCAUCAUGACCACUGCAGCUGUCAAUGCUACCACCCCCACUGUGGCUGCUACUCCAGUCAACAAUGCAACCACCACAGCGACUAAUGCAACUUCACAAACAGCAGAUGCCACAGCCGUGACCAACAUCACCACUGCAGCUGUCAAUGCUACCACCAUGACCAUGGCUAUCACAGCACCUAUCAACGUCACCACUGCAGCUGUCAAUGCUACCACACCCACUGUGGCUGCUACUCCAGUCAACAAAGCAACCACCACAGCGACUAAUGCAACCUACCAAACAGCAGCUGCCACAGCUGUGACCAACUUCACUACUGCAGGUGUCAAUGCUACUACCGUGACCAUGGCUGUCACGGCACCUACCAACGUCACCACUGCAGUUGUCAAUGCUACCACCAUGACCAUGGAAGUCACGGCAUCUACCAACAUCACCACUGCAGCUGUUAAUGCUAGCACUGUGACCACGGAUGUCACGGCACCUAACAACAUCACCACUGCAGCUGUUAAUGCUACCACCAUGACCACGGCUGUCACAGCACCUACCAACAUCACCACUGCAGCUGUUAAUGCUACCACUGUGAUCACAGCUGUCAUGGCACCUACCAACGUCACCACUGCAGCUGUCAAUGCUACCACCCCCACUGUGGCUGCUACUCCAGUCAACAAUGCAACCACCACAGAGACUAAUGCAACCUCCCAAACAGCAGCUGCCACAGCUGUGACCAACUUCACUACUGCAGCUGUCAAUGCUACUACCGAGACCAUGGCUGUCACUGCACCUACCAACAUCACCACUGCAGUUGUCAAUGCUACCACUGUGACCAUGGCUGUCACAGCACCUACCAACAUCACCACUGCAGCUGUUAAUGCUACCACUGUGAGCACUGAUGUCACAGCACCUACCAACAUGACCACUGCAGCUGUCAAUGCUACCACCGUGACCAUGGCUAUCACAGCACCUACCAACGUCACCACUGCAGCUGUCAAUGCUACCACACCCACUGAGGCUGCUACUCCAGUCAACAAAGCAACCACCACAGCGACUAAUGCAACCUCCCAAACAGCAGCUGCCACAGCUGUGACCAACUUCACUACUGCAGGUGUCAAUGCUACUACCGUGACCAUGGCUGUCACGGCACCUACCAACGUCACCAAUGCAGUUGUCAAUGCUACCACCGUGACCAUGGCUGUCACGGCACCUAACAACAUCACCACUGCAGCUGUUAAUGCUACCACCAUGACCACGGCUGUCACGGCACCUACCAACAUCACCACUGCAGCUGUCAAUGCUACCACCCCCACUGUGGCUGCUACUCCAGUCAACAAUGCAACCACCACAGAGACUAAUGCAACCUCCCAAACAGCAGCUGCAAUAGCUGUGACCAACUUCACUACUGCAGCUGUCAAUGCUACUACCGAGACCAUGGCUGUCACUGCACCUACCAACAUCACCACUGCAGUUGUCAAUGCUACCACUGUGACCAUGGCUGUCACAGCACCUACCAACAUCACCACUGCAGCUGUCAAUGCUACUACCAAGACCAUGGCUGUCACUGCACCUAUCAACGUCACCACUGCAGCUGUCAAUGCUACCACCGUGACCAUGGCUGUCACUGCACCUACCAACAUCACCACUGCAGCUGUCAAUGCAAGCACCUCCACAGUGACAACAUCACAAGUGACAACAGCAGCGGCAACUUCAUCUCCUGUGCUUUUCAUCACAGCAGCACCUCUCAAUACUCUGAUUGAUCGUUCAGGGUGUGGCAGAACUGAUUUGUGCAUAUCUGUGGUCCCAAACUGUGAUCUAUCAGCAAUUACAUGCCUGUUUCUGGUUGUACAGCCACUAGGCGGUGAUCGGUUCAGAUUUAAAUUUUCAGGAUUCUCAAGUGGCUACAUUGCUAUUAUCAUCUCACCUGACCUCACACCGGGAGAAGAUGACACCAUGUACAUCUGUAACAACAAUGACAACAACAAGAAAGGAUCUGUCAUAUUUUUCUCCGCUCUGUUUGACCCGGGAGAGGUGACUUUGGUGCCGCCACAAAGUGUGACCUCAGUGACGGGCAGCGUCACAGGAAGAAGAAUCCAGUGUGUAUUUGAGGCACCGUUAUUUAUCUCAAUGGGAAGAAGCCUAACAAACAGCCUGUCACUCGGCGAAGGAAAACAGGCGAUCUCAGACAACGGAACUAUAGAAACUCCAGAAAUCACAUACCGAGGGGUUGGAAUAGACUUUAACAAUACAAACUCCACUGUACCCGAAAAUUUGAUUUCCAUAAAUGCAAGCACAACCACUGUAGCUGCCAGCACUGCCACCAGUGCAGUGACUAGUGCAACCACACCUACUGCAGGUGCCACUGCAGCUACCAACAUCACCACUGCAGCAGCUACUGUAAACACCAAUGCAACAGCAACAACCGCAGCUGCCACUGCAGCUACCAACAUCACCACUACAGCUGCCGUUGCUACCACCCCCACAACGACAACAUCUCAACUGACAACAGCAGUAGCAACUCCAGUUCCUGAGCUUUUCAUCAUAGCAGCACCUCUCGCUACUCCGAUUGAUCGUACGGGGUGUGGCACCACUGAUUUGUGCAUAUCUGAGGCCCCGAAUUGUGAUCCAUCACAAAGCCCUUGUAUCUUCUUGGCUGUUCGCUCAGUCGGCGGUGAAAGGGUCAGAUUUAAGUUUUCAGGAUUCUCAAGUGGCUACAUUGCUAUCAUCAUCUCACCUGACCUCACACCGGGAGAAGAUGACACUAUGUACAUCUGUAACAACAAUGACAACAACAAGAAAGGAUCUGUCAUAUUUUUCUCCGCUCUGUUUGACCCGGGAGAGGUGACUUUGGUGCCGCCACAAAGUGUGACCUCAGUAACGGGCAGCGUCACAGGAAGAAGAAUCCAGUGUGUAUUUGAGGCACCAUUAUUUAUCUCAAUGGGAAGAAGCCUAACAAAUAGCCUGUCACUCGGCGAAGGAAAACAGGCGAUCUCAGACAACGGAACUAUAGAAACUCCAGAAAUCACAUACCGAGGGGUUGGAAUAGACUUUAACAAUACAAACUCCACUGUACCCGAAAAUCUGAUUUCCAUAAAUGCAAGCACAACCACUGUAGCUGCCAGCACUGCCACCAGUGCAGUGACUAGUGCAACCACACCUACUGCAGGUGCCACUGCAGCUACCAACAUCACCACUGCAGCAGCUACUGUAAACAACAAUGCAACAGCAACAACCGCAGCUGCCACUGCAGCUACCAACACCACCGCAGCUCCUACUGUAAACAACAAUGCAACAGCAAGUACCGCAGCUGCCACAGCAGCUACCAACAUCACCACCACAGCUAACACUGUAAACAACAAUGCAACAGCAACAACCGCAGCUGCCACUGCAGCUACCAACAUCACCGCCGCAGCUUCUACUGUAAACAACAAUGCAACAGCAACUACCGCAGCUGCCACUGCAACUAUCAACAUCAACACCACAGCUGCUACUGUAAACAACAAUGCAACAAAAACUACCGCAGCUGCCACUGCAGCUAUCAACAUCACCACCACAGCUGCUACUGUAAACAACAAUGCAACAGCAACUACCGCAGCUGCCACUGCAGCUACCAACAUCACCACCGCAGCUGCUACUGUAAACAACAAUGCAACAGCAACAACCGCAACUGCCACUGCAGCUACCAACAUCACCACCGCAGCUUCUACUGUAAACAACAAUGCAACAGCAACAACCGCAGCUGCCACUGCAGCUACCAACAUCACCACCGGAGCUGCUACUGUAAACAACAAUGCAACAGCAACAACCGCAGCUGCCACUGCAGCUACCAACAUCACCACCGCAGCCGCCACUGUAAACAACAAUGCAACAGCAACUACCGCAGCUGCCACUGCAGCUACCAACAUCACCACUACAGCUGCCGUUGCUACCACCCCAACAACAACAACACCUCAACUGACAACAGCAGUAGCAACUCCAGCUCCUGAGCUUUUCAUCAUAGCAGCACGUCUCACUACUCCGAUUGAUCGUACCGGGUGUGGCACCACUGAUUUGUGCAUAUCUGAGGCCCCGAAUUGUGAUCCAUCACAAAGCCCUUGUAUCUUCUUGGCUGUUCGCUCAGUCGGUGGUGAUCGGUUCAGAUUUAAGUUUUCAGGAUUUUCAAGUGGCUACAUUGCUAUCAUCAUCUCACCUGACACCACACUGGGAGGAAAUGACACCAUGUACAUCUGUAACGACAAUAAGAAUACAUCGGUAAAAUUUUUCAGUGCUCUGUUUGACCAGGGCACAGUGACUUUGGUGUCGCCACAAAGUGUGACCUCAGUGACGGGUAACGUCGCAGGAACAAGGAUCCAGUGUGUAUUUGAGGCACUGUUAUUUAUCCCAAUGGGACGAACCCUAAACAACUUACUGUCGAUGGGCACUGGAACUGUUAUUGAAAAUGGAACUGCAAAACCUCCAGAACUCACAUACCAAGGGAUGGGAGUUGAUUUUAACACUCCAAACUCCACUGUCCCCAUGAAUUUAAUUUCUUCAACCACAAGCCCGACGACUGUAGCAACAACUGUGACUACCAUAGUGACAAACGCUACCUCCCCUACCGUGGCUACCACAGCAGUAACCAAUGCCACCACUGCGGCAGCCAAUGUUACCUCCCCUACAGUGUCUACCACAGCAGCUACCAAUGCCACCACUGCGGCAGCCAAUGUUACCUCCCCUACAGUGUCUACCACAGCAGUAACCAAUGCCACCACUGCGGCAGCCAAUGUUACCUCCCCUACCGUUGCAACGACAGCAGCUACCAAUGCCACCACUGCGGCAGCCAAUGUUACCUCCCCUACAGUGUCUACCACAGCAGUAACCAAUGCCACCACUGCGGCAGUCAAUGUUACCUCCCCUACCGUUGCAACGACAGCAGCUACCAAUGCCACCACUGCGGCAGCCAAUGUUACCUCCCCUACAGUGUCUACCACAGCAGUAACCAAUGCCACCACUGCGACAGCCAAUGUUACCUCCCCUACAGUGUCUACCACAGCAAUAACCAAUGCCAACACUGCGGCAGCCAAUGUUACCUCCCCUACAGUGUCUACCACAGCAGUAACCAAUGCCACCACUGCAGCAGCCACUGCAGCUACCAACAUCACCACCGCAGCUCCUACUGUAAACAACAAUGCAACAGCAACUACCGCAGCUGCCACUGCAGCUACCAACAUCACCACUACAGCUGCUGUUGCUACCACCCCCACAACGACAACAUCUCAACUGACAACAGCAGUAGCAACUCCAGCUCCUGAGCUUUUCAUCAUAGCAGCACCUCUCGCUACUCCGACUGAUCGUACGGGGUGUGGCACCACUGAUUUGUGCAUAUCUGAGGCCCCGAAUUGUGAUCCAUCACAAAGCCCUUGUAUCUUCUUGGCUGUUCGCUCAGUCGGCGGUGAUCGGUUCAGAUUUAAGUUUUCAGGAUUCUCAAGUGGCUACAUUGCUAUCAUCAUCUCACCUGACCUCACGCCGGGAGAAGAUGACACCAUGUACAUCUGUAACAACAAUGACAACAACAAGAAAGGAUCUGUCAUAUUUUUCUCCGGUCUGUUUGACCCGGGAGAGGUGACUUUGGUGCCGCCACAAAGUGUGACCUCAGUAACGGGCAGCGUCACAGGAAGAAGAAUCCAGUGUGUAUUUGAGGCACCGUUAUUUAUCUCAAUGGGAAGAAGCCUAACAAACAGCCUGUCACUCGGCGAAGGAAAACAGGCAAUCUCAGACAACGGAACUAUAGAAACUCCAGAAAUCACAUACCGAGGGGUUGGAAUAGACUUUAACAAUACAAACUCCACUGUACCCGAAAAUUUGAUUUCCAUAAAUGCAAGCACAACCACUGUAGCUGCCAGCACUGCCACCAGUGCGGUGACUAGUGCAACCACACCUACUGCAGGUGCCACUGCAGCUACCAACAUCACCACUGCAGCUGCUACUGUAAACAACAAUGCAACAGCAACAACCUCAGCUGCCACAGCAGCUACCAACAUCACCGCCGCAGCUUCUACUGUAAACAACAAUGCAACAGCAACUACCGCAGCUGCCACUGAAGCUAUCAACAUCACCACCACAGCUGCUACUGUAACAACAAUGCAACAGCAACAACCGCAGCUGCCACUGCAGCUACCAACAUCACCGCCGCAGCUUCUACUGUAAACAACAAUGCAACAGCAACAACCGCAGCUGCCACUGCAGCUACCAACAUCACCGCCGCAGCUUCUACUGUAAACAACAAUGCAACAGCAACAACCGCAGCUGCCACUGCAGCUACCAACAUCACCGCCGCAGCUUCUACUGUAAACAACAAUGCAACAGCAACUACCGCAGCUGCCACUGCAACUAUCAACAUCAACACCACAGCUGCUACUGUAAACAACAAUGCAACAGCAACUACCGCAGCUGCCACUGCAGCUAUCAACAUCACCACCACAGCUGCUACUGUAAACAACAAUGCAACAGCAACUACCGCAGCUUCCACUGCAGCUACCAACAUCACCACCGCAGCUGCUACUGUAAACAACAAUGCAACAGCAACAACCGCAGCUGCCACUGCAGCUACCAACAUCACCACCACAGCUUCUACUG